AUGUCGCUCAGACUCCCUUGGACUCGUACUCCUCUCAAGAUUAACGACAUAACAUCCACUCUCCGCACGUUAUGGGGGAACAAUGAAUGUGAAGCCAGGUGUAAAUUAGCAACAGCGUACAGACUCACUCACUUCUUUGGGUGGGAUGAGCUGGUAUACGGGCAUCUCACCCUCAGGGUGCCGGAAUCAGAUCAUCUUCUCAUCAACCCAUUCGGAAUGCAUUACAGCGAGAUAACGGCCAGCAGCCUUGUCAAGAUAGACCUAUCUGGAAACGUUAUACACAAAGGAACAUCCGACUUUAGCUUCCAACAAACCGGCUACGUGAUACACUCCGCAAUACAUGGUAACAGACCUGACUUGAACGCACUCAUGCACAUUCACUCACGCGCUGGUGUUGGAGUAGCGUGCUCCGUUGAUAAGAUAGUGCCGAUAUGUCAGCACAGUGUGUUUAUAGAACCUGUUUCAUACCACCCUUUUAGGGGGAUUGUCACGGUGGAGGCAGAAAAACUGGAGCUCGCUGAAAACUUUGCGGCUCCUUCCAAAUGUCUGCUGAUGAAGAAUCACGGACUUCUCACUGGAGGGGGGACUAUAGAAGAAGCGUUCUUCAGGAUGUACAUGUUUCACAGUGUUUGUCAGGCGUAUAUAGACGCAGGAUACACCCAGAGAACAGUCCCUGCUUAUAAGAUUGUGUCUCAGGAUAUUGUGAAGAGUUCUUUGAAAGCUGCGGCUGGUCAGGUAGGAUCUCCUGGAUAUCUUGACUUUAGAGCGUUAGCUCGGCAGUUGGACAGUGCUGGGUAUGAAACUGGAUAUCCUUACUAAGGUUUUAGUUACCCCGUACCCGGCCCUUCGCAGUUAGCAGUGUAGUUUUGGAGUGCCGAGUGUAGUUACCUUUUGUAAUUUAUUGUGUUGAAUUACUUCGUGGUGGCAGUGAUUUGUUGAAAUUAGUUUUAAAUUAGGAGGUCUAUUAUUAAAGACGUAUGUAUUAAAGUAUCGUGUAAGCAGUUUAGAAAGUGCCCUUAUUUCAGUUACAGUCAUUAAUUUAUUACUACAUACAACUACUACAAUUUGCGUAUGAAUCUGUAUUAAAACUCAAUUUACAUUCGUUAAUUAAUUUAGGCGGAUUACGCUUUGUAAUGAAUUUUUCAUUCUGCUUAACUUUAUUUUUGCAACUUGUUUAUUGUAAGCUGUUGUUUUUUAAUAGAUUUUAAAAGGUUUAAUUUUGUUAGAAUUUUGAUUUGUAUUU